GGCACAUAUUUAAACGAGCGAAUGGAUCAAUAGAGAGCGAGAAAAUAAAAACAACUGAGACACACUGAUGCGUCACUGAUGUGUUAGCAAAGCAAUUUUAAAUGUGACAGUUCUAUAAGAAUUUUAUUGACGUCUGUGUAUAUAAGUUGUGUUUUUGCCGGUAAUUUGAUUAAUCGUUCAAGCCAAAGAAUAACUGCGACACGUAUUACUUCGCAUGUAGGUUGCGGUCUAUAAGAAAAUAAAUACAAAGGCCAAGUCACGAAGACUAGCAGUAAUAAUGAGAAAAAUAUUACUUUUGUUUCUGGCGAUAGCCACAACAUGCGCGGCCGAGCUUUCAAGAAUACCUCUGUAUCGGAUGAAGACAGUUCGCAAACACUUCCAUGAGGUGAACACAGAGCUGCAAGUGACCCGCAUCAAGUAUGCCGCUUCGGGGCCUGCUCCCGAGCCACUUUCAAACUACCUUGAUGCGCAGUACUUCGGGCCGAUCUCGAUCGGCAACCCGCCGCAGUCGUUCAAGGUGGUGUUCGACACGGGCUCCUCCAACCUAUGGGUGCCCUCCAAGAAGUGCCACUACACCAACAUCGCCUGCCUGCUGCAUAACAAGUACGACAGCACCAAGUCGAAGACGUACCGCAAGAACGGCACGGAUUUCGCCAUCCACUACGGCAGCGGCAGCCUGUCGGGCUUCCUCUCCACAGAUGACGUCAACGUGGGCGGGCUGGUGGUACGCGGCCAGACGUUCGCGGAGGCGCUGUCGGAGCCCGGGCUCGCCUUCGUGGCCGCCAAGUUCGACGGCAUCCUGGGCAUGGCCUUCGCCUCGAUCUCCGUGGACCGCGUGACGCCGGUGUUCGACAACAUGGUGGCCCAGGGGCUGGUGCCGCAGCCCGUCUUCUCCUUCUACCUCAACAGGGACCCGAGCGCGGCGCAGGGCGGCGAGAUCAUCCUGGGCGGCUCUGACCCCGCCCACUUCCGCGGGCCCUUCGCCUACGCGCCGCUGUCGCGCGCCGCCUACUGGCAGUUCCGCCUGGACGGCGUCGCGCUCAACGGCUCGCGCUUCUGUGAACAGGGUUGCGAGGCGAUCGCGGACACGGGCACGUCGCUCAUCGGAGGGCCCGUGGCCGACAUGGCGGCGCUGAACCGCGCGCUGGGCGCCACGCCCGUCGCCUUCGGCCAGUUCGCCGUGGACUGCGCGCUCGUGCCCCGCCUACCCCCAGUGGCCUUCACCGUCGCCGGGAAGGACUUCCGCCUCGACGGGGCCGACUACGUGCUGAGGGUGUCGCAGUUCGGCAAGACGGUGUGCCUGUCGGGCUUCAUGGGCAUCGACAUCCCGCCGCCCAACGGGCCGCUGUGGAUCCUGGGCGACGUGUUCAUCGGCCGCUUCUACACCGAGUUCGACGCGCUGAACCGCCGCGUCGGCUUCGCGGAGGCCGUCUAGCGCGGCGACCUUCCGCGAUCUCGUAUUAUGUAUUGGCAGACCUCCGUUACGACUGCAACUUGUCAUAUACUCUCAAUACCUACACACCCACAAUAGUUUGCGGAGGAUUGAGGUAAAUCCACCCAGUUUCCUUAGUUAAAUCUAAAAUUUUAAUUAUUGGUUGCCUCGUCCCCCUCUCGCCCGCGGUAUUGCUAUAUAUUUUUUCGUAGUCUUGUUUAUUUAGUCCCUUGCAAAGACCAGUUUUGCCGAGCGAAAGUACUGCGUCUUUGGUCGACAUUAUGAGCAACUUACCGCGUCAAAUUAAUGCCUAUUAGAUACAAUAUUUCACGGUGUAACUUCUCACAUUCAAUUUCUCUUCAUCUGUACUUGUGUACAUAUGUACAUCUGUACACGUGUCACCCGCUCAUGUGACUCGAUGUAACGUCAGACGUAUAUUUGAUGUAUGUGUAGUAGUUAGUCUUAACUUUUUAGAAUUGUAUCUGUUUUAGAUUAUUAACAGAAUUGCUUUCUAUAGAUCUGUUUAUGAACUCUGAUAUACCUUAUAUAUUUAUUAUUGAUAUAUUUGUAGAGCUUUAAAGUGCAAUAAUACAGUGAAAGCUAUCGUUUGGUCAGUAAACUCAAAUGUUACUGAUAACAUAAAAGAGCCAAAGAAAAAAAAUAAUUGUUUUCGAUUGUGAAUUUUAAUAAAACUAUAGUUAUUACAAAAAAAUUUGAUCUGCAUCUCAAACAUGUUUCAGACGCUAGCUCUCUGAUAUCAUUUAAUACUUACAGGUCCACAAAGAUGUCUAAUGUAAUGUAAUUUUGCUCUUAAUUUUUCAAUACACUUUCAAUAAACUAA